AUGCCUAAAAAUAAUUUUACAGAUUAUACAUAUGACACACCAGCUAUACUUGGUUCAAUUCCUACAUCACCAUCAUCAUCUGAAGUAAAGGAUCCUCUCAGCGUUGCUUUUAAUAAAUUUAGCGUUCAAGAUUUGCCAUCGAAAAAUUCAGAUAAUAAUGAUGAUGAUAGUGAUAGUGGUUAUAAACAUUGGAUUGCACGAUCUGGAACCCUUAUAGCAAAUCUUUUAACAUGUGCAGGAGCUGAUCAUAUUAUGACUAUUGAUCUUCAUGAUCCUCAAUUUCAAGGAUAUUUUGAUGUACCUGUCGACAAUCUAUACAGUGAACCAUUAAUGAUCAAAUACAUAAAAGAAAAUAUUCCAAAUUGGAACAAUGCAAUAAUCAUAUCUCCAGAUGCAGGUGGUGCUAAAAGAGCUACUUCCAUUGCUGAUAAACUUCGGAUUGAUUUUGCACUUAUUCAUAAAGAACGACGUUCUCAACAUGCACCCCACAAAAUGGAUAUGAUGUUAGUUGGAGAUGUUAAGGAUAAAAUAUGUAUUCUGAUUGAUGAUAUCUCAGAUACAUCAUACACCAUUACUAAAGCUGCUCAAAUACUUAUUGAAAAUGGAGCAAAAAAAAUUUAUGCGCUUAUUACUCAUGGGAUUUUAAGCGGUGAUGCUAUUCAACGAAUACAGUCCAGUGUUAUUGAUCAGGUUAUUGUCAGUAAUAGUGUUCCACAGGAUGAACAUAAAGCACAAUGUUCAAAAAUUAAGGUUUUUAAUGUUGCUCUUAUUCUUGCUGAGGCAAUCAGAAGAAUACAUAAUGGUGAGAGUGUUAGUGCUUUAUUUAGUCGAGUGGAUACAAUAUAA